CUCAGCGCCGCGACGCCAAAGCCCUGAAGAGCGCUGGGAUCUUGAGGCGGGUUCAUAAUUUGCCUUUGGAAAAUUUCAUGCCAUUUUUAUCUUCUCUGUGGAAUAAAUUUUUUUGAAGUUAUUCAAGAAACAAUCAAGUGGAAUUCCUUCUAUGGACUGUGAAGAUCCCAUAAUUUUAGCCUGUGAAAACACAAAAGGCACACAGAGCAAGCAGACAGACAACAAUAAAUCGACAAAGACAAACUUUGGCCAAGUAAAACCUCUGGGGCCGAAUGGAUUGGGACCCCACCCAGGCAGUUGCUCUUCUGAGGACUCCGACCCAAUCCAUCUUCAAAUGAGUAUUGUGGUUAUUCAUAUACAAGCAAAACAUCUUGUGCAAAAGAUAAAAAUGCAUUUUUCCCUUUUAAAGUAUGGAACCUCAAGGCCUUUGUGACAAUGGAGACCAAAAAAUUGAUUGGUAAAUCGCUUCAACCAGCAAGACCUGUUCAUCAUCUGACUUCUUCCUCAGGAGCAGCGUUGCUUUUCAACUUUCAAAGUGAAUAUCCAUGCAACACCCAGUGCUUACAAAGUGGAGUUAGCAGAUGUAAGGUGAAUGGAAAGCAAACCUUUUCUCAAGGUCUUAAUGAAGAGCAGCAACAUCAGUCUCCAGUGCAAAAAGAGAGAAUUAAAUAUAGCAGAGAUUUCCUACAGAAGCUCUCAAGUGUUUCCAUCUGCAGAAAAAAACCAGACUUUCUGCCUGAUCAUCCCGUUGUACUUCAAACACCAGAAAACAACCAAAGUUUUAAGUAGCAUUUUAAGAACAGAUGAGUUUGAAGAUAAUGACUUAUUCAUUUUAUAUUUGGACACCAGCAAAUGAAGUGGACUUAGUAACAGUAACUGUAAUUGACUGUGAAAAUUUAAUUUAUUUUAAAUUUUGAUGGUUGGCUAUUUGGCUUCUCCUAAGAUGAGAAAGAUAUUUUAAACUAUAAAGAAUUUUCUAAUCAGAUUUGUAAACAGUUUCCUGCAAAAAUUGGGAAGAACACUGGAAAGUAGGAAUUUGGUUAGUAAAGUGGGAAGACUGUAUUUAUAAUUUGCAUGUUACUUGCAUCUUUUGUUUUUCAUGAGUUGCAGUAAUGGAAUGGAAAUGUAUGCUGUAAAGAUUCCCAAAUAUAAAGUAUUUGUAACAGUGUA